AUCAUUUUUGCUGAUGUGGAAAGAGGGCCUGAUGAUCUCGUGGUAACAUUCCUUCGGUCUCGUUUUUAUGAUCGCCUUCCUUGGGGCGAGUUCAAGGAACUCGGAAGCUCAGCGACACUUGCAGUGGUUAAAGCUGGCUGGAACUGUUUCAGUCUGGAUCAGCUGGCUGAAUCGAUACGCGAAGGGCGAUUUAAGGACUCAGAUCUAAAUAAGGCUCGGAAGAGGGCAAAGGACAAACGGAAGAACAACUUCAGUCGGAGCCCUUCUGAUCCAAUCAUGCUUAUCUUCUCCCUUGACUUCAUUCCCUCCAAUAUGUCUAGCCUCCAGAGGCAAUUCAAUACACAGAAAGAGGUUCUUCGGCAAUCAACGAUCAAGUAUUUGUGUCCAGAAUGUCUGCGAGGUUUCCCACGACCAGACACUCUAUACAGACAUUUCCAAGAUGUUAAAGAUGAGGCCCACAAAGGGCUAAGUUUGAGAAAGGAUGACUACAACCAAUUCUACUCGUGCUAUCAAAAGUGCCUCAGAGCUUCGAUCCCAUCGAAAUGUCUGCCCAAGCCGCCACAUUGUUUUGAGUUGCAGUAUGUCAUCGAACACUAUGGCAAGGAUUUAGAUAACGGUGCCAGUACAACAUCCAACCAUGGUAUGUGGGUGGAAACCAGGCCCGGCGGCGACAUACAGGUAGUAACACUAUUAGUCUGA